GUUGAUACCUCCGAAAUGACUCGAGAGAAACUUGAACAGUUCACACUAAGAGUAAAAGAAGAACUUGAUAAGGAAAGAGAGGAGCGUAAUUACUUCCAGUUAGAAAGAGAUAAAAUUAGAACAUUUUGGGAGAUCACGCGACAACAGCUCGAAGAAGCUAAAGCUGAAUUGAGGAAUAGAGAACGAGCUACUGAAGAAGCGCAAGAAGAAAAUGAAGCUUUACUUGAAACUGAAAAGCAAAAAAUCAAACAUUUAAAAUAUGAACAACAAGCCGCUGCAGCAGCUUUAAGGGCUGAAAAUUUAGUGGCACUGAAAGCAGCCAAAGAAGAACACACUGAACAAGAACUUGAACUUCUAAAUGAUAAAAGAUCUUUGCGACAAGAAAUUAGAGAGAAAAUGUUAGCAGCCCAGGAUGAGCUACGAAGAGCGAAAUUGAUACACGCUGAGGAAUUAUCUAAAACCAGAGCUGACUUUGAAGAGAGAGCUCGUCAGAUAGAAGACAAAGCAGACAAAAAAUUACAUGAAACAAAGACCGAGUUAACGGUGAAACAUAGGACGGAAAUCGCUGAAGUUGAGGAAAGGAAAAAUAAACAGUUGUCAGAUUUGAUAGCUCAUCACGAGAGAGCCUUCUCCGAUUUGAAGAAUUAUUACAAUGACAUCACUUUAAAUAAUUUAGGUCUUAUAAGCAGCUUGAAGCAACAAAUGGAAGAAAUGCAAAAAAUAAAAGAGCGAGCUGAGAAGAUAGCCAGGGAUGCUUUAGCUGAGGCCAAGGGCCUUCGAGAGCCACUCGAAGCGGCUAUUAUUGAUAACAAAGAGUUGAAACGGCAGAUGUCGAACUACGACCGCGAUAAGGCCGCGUUAGCUGCGAAAACAAAACAAUUGGCGUCUCUUGAGGAACAAUUCGAAGUUCUCAAAUGGGAAUAUGAAGUUUUGCAAGUUAGAUUCGACCGAAUAUUGACAGAAAGAGACGAACUUAAAGCAAGAUUUUCAAAAGCAGUGCUCGAAGUGCAGCAAAAGGCGUCUUUAAAAACUGCACUUCUAGAAGCUAAGCUGAAGAAUUUCGAAGGUCGUGACUUGGGUCCGAGGGAGAUACACGAUCUUAUUAAAUUAAAAGACACUCAAGUUGAAGAUUUGAGGUAUGAAACAGCUAGACUGCGCAAAGCUCAUGAUGAUUUACUGGCGACUUACGAAGCAAAAUUGGCCAAAUUGGGUGUACCGCUUGAAGAAUUAGGUUUCAAGCCAUUGAGGGCUGUCGCUGUGGCUGGUCUGUCUCCUGUCAUCGGCCAAGGUCCAGCAGGCUUAGUAACGAAAGAUCAACUAUAGACGUGAUUACUAAAAUAUUAUACAUAGGGAAUGACUGACUAUACUGGUGGUAGGGCUUUGUGCAAGCUCGUCUGGGUAGGUACCACCCACUCAUCAGAUAUUCUACCGCAAAACAGCAAUACUUGAUAUUGUUGUGUUCCGGUUUGAAGGGUGAGUGAGCCAGUGUAUUUACAGGCACAAGGGACAUAAAAUCUUAGUUCCCAAGGUUGGUGGCGCAUUGGAUAUGUAAGCGAUGGUUGACAUUUCUUACAAUGCUAAUGUCUAAGAGCGUUGGUGACCACUUACCAUCAGGUGGCCCAUAUGCUCGUCCGCCUUCCUAUUCUAUAAAAAAAAAAAAA